UUAAUAGGAUUAUCUAUUCUCGGGACAGAAAGGCAGAGGGACAAAUGAGCCAAACACUCACCUGUGAGAAUUUGUGCUUUCGUCUGCUGUUGACUGUGAAGUGAAUCUGAAUACUUUAAUUAGGCUUUCACUGACAUUUGGAUUAACUCUGGUGAAGACAGCAUCUGCCGUAGUAAUGAGCACCGAGCCAGGGACAGAAAUAAGCAGUUGCAGCCUGCCCAACAUGCCAAACAGUGACGACAGCGAGGAAGAAACCAGCCAAGAGGAGCCGCUAACCACAAGCUGGAGCGAGCUUCCCAUCAUAGAGCGUGUGGGCCUCAACAGUGUAGAGAUGUCAGAGAAUGACUUAGAGAUGGCCUUCUCUCAGAUCGCCCUGUCUUUCCGCUGUGAUCAGUACACCCUGAAGCAGAGACUGCAGGCGGAGGAGCACGCCCGUAACCUGGCUGAGGAGAACGUCCAGCUAGAGCUGAGCAGAGGCAGGGAGACCCUGGAGAUACUGAAGGGCCUGUGUCUGGACAGCAAGCGCAGCAAGAUCCUACAGAAGCUGGAGCUGUCCCUGGACAUCCUCGGAGGGACCGUGGAACGGAUCUCUAACACAGCGGAGGUGCUCGGUGCUGUGCAUCAGGAGGCUCGAGUGAGUCGGGCAGUGGAGCUCAUGGUGGCUCACGUGGAGCGCUUGAAGAGGCGAUAUGACAGAAAUCUUACAGAGCUUGAAGAAGCCAGGGGGAGGAUGCAGCAGCAGCAGCAACAGCAUCAGAACCCCUGCAGAAACACGACAGAUCCCAAAGCCUCCACAGAGCCAGAGGAAAGUGAAAACACAAGUAAAGAUGUGCAGCAGAAGCCUGUGGGUAGAAGGGUCUGUGUAUCAGUAAUUUCCAGCCAAACUCAGGAGAGGAAAAAGCAAAACUCCAGAAAGCGUCUCUCUUCCAGUAGGAAGCCUGACCCUUCUGGCCCAUCUCCCUCCACGAACUCAGAGUCAAGCUGCUCUUUCACGACCAAGGACAACAGCUGCUCAGUGGAAGACAGCUCCCCUCUGGAUGCUUUACUGCAGAGACAUAAAGGCAAAGCAGUGUUAUCGAACAAAGGAAAGGACAAAAAGAUGACAAAUAUGUACAGGCAGAUCUCGAUGGACAGGUGGAGGCAACCUCCUCAGGCUCACUGGCUGCAGCGCUGCCGGCUGGUGCUCCUGUGCACAUUUGUGAUUUUCUGUGCUAUAGCACUGAGUUAUUUCUUGUGGUAGCUUCAUGAUGGAGCACAUAAUGGAUGUAUAUGUGAUCAUCAGUACUUUACGUGAAUUCCUUCACUGUUCUGUGAAUGAUGUUAGUGUGUCAACAAUGGAAGGCUCUUUGUGAAUGAAUAUAAAGUAAUUUUGAUGCGC